ACAUCAAGAUGGCGGUUGCUCCUGACAGCAGAGUGCUCUCCUACAGUGUUUAUAAAUGGAGCUCGUACUCCUCUACGUAUUUACCCGAGAAUGUUUUAGUGGACAAACCUAAUGAUCAAUCUUCCAGGUGGUCAUCUGAGAGCAACUACCCUCCACAGUACCUAAUCUUAAAACUGGAGAGACCAGCUAUUGUUCUGAACAUCACCUAUGGCAAAUAUGAAAAAACCCACGUGUGCAACCUGAAGAAGUUCAAGGUGUUUGGUGGCAUGAGCGAAGAAAACAUGACGGAACUCUUGUCCAGUGGCCUUAAGAAUGACUUCAACAAGGAGACAUUCACACUAAAGCACAAGAUCGAUGAGCAGAUGUUCCCCUGCAGGUUCAUUAAAAUAGUGCCUCUUAUGUCGUGGGGUCCCAGUUUUAACUUCAGCAUCUGGUAUAUUGAGUUACAUGGCAUAGAAGAUCCAGACGUUGUCCAGCCCUGCCUUAACUGGUACAGUAAGUUUUUGUCUGUACAGUACCGUGAACAGGAGGCCAUACGCCUGUGUCUGAAACACUUCCGUCAGCACAACUACACGGAAGCCUUCGAGUCCCUGCAAAAGAAAACACGCAUUGCCCUGGAGCAUCCCAUGCUCACACACCUCCACGAGCGGCUGGUCCUGAGAGGAGACUUUGAUGCCUGUGAAGAGCUCAUAGACAAAGCUGUGAGAGAUGGUUUGUUUAACCAGUACAUCAGCCAACAGGAUUAUAAACCACGUUGGAGUCAGAUUAUCCCCAAAUGUAACAAAGGUGAUGGUGAUGAUAACAGGCCUGGCAUGAGAGGAGGUCAUCAAAUGGUCAUUGAUGUUCAGACCGAAACCGUGUAUCUGUUUGGAGGCUGGGAUGGAACGCAGGACUUGGCCGACUUCUGGGCCUACAGUGUGAAGGAGAACCAAUGGGCCUGUAUCUCCAGGGACACUGAGAAAGAGAAUGGACCCAGUGCUCGCUCAUGCCACAAGAUGUGCAUCGAUUCACAACGGAGGCAGAUCUACACGCUGGGCCGUUAUCUGGACUCCUCUGUCAGAAACAGCAAGUCCCUGAAGAGUGACUUCUAUUGCUAUGACGUUGACGUCAACACAUGGACCCUGCUCAGUGAGGACACGUCUGGCGAUGGAGGGCCCAAACUUGUGUUUGACCACCAGAUGUGCAUGGACUCCGAGAAGCACAUGAUAUACACUUUUGGUGGACGGAUUUUGACUUGUAAUGGCAGUGUAGAUGACAGCAGGACUUCUGAACCUCAGUUCAGUGGGCUCUACGCAUAUCACUGUCAAGCUGGAAGCUGGAGUCUGCUCAGAGAGGACUCAUGUAACGCCGGGCCAGAGGACAUUCAGUCACGCAUCGGACACUGCAUGCUCUUCCACACGAGAAAUCGUUGCCUGUAUGUUUUCGGAGGUCAGAGGUCCAAAACUUACUUGAAUGAUUUCUUCAGUUACGAUGUUGAUGGCAACCAUGUGGAUAUCAUCUCAGAUGGCACUAAGAAGGACUCGGGCAUGGUGCCAAUGACGGGGUUCACCCAGCGUGCCACUAUUGACCCGGAGCUGAACGAGAUUCAUGUACUAUCAGGACUCAGCAAAGACAAAGACAAACGUGAGGAGAACGUACGCAACUCAUUCUGGAUCUACGACAUUGCACGCAACAACUGGUCUUGUGUUUAUAAGAAUGACCAGGCGGUGAAAGAAAACCCCACUAAGGCCCUGCAGGAAGAAGAACCUUGUCCUCGUUUUGCACACCAGCUAGUCUAUGAUGAAUUGCACAAGGUGCACUACCUUUUCGGUGGAAACCCAGGGAAGUCCAGCUCACCUAAAAUGCGAUUGGAUGAUUUCUGGUCCCUAAAGCUUUGCCGCCCUUCCAAAGAAUAUCUGCUUCGACACUGCAAAUACCUCAUUCGCAAAUACAGGUUUGAGGAGAAGGCUCAGACGGAGCCCCUGAAUGCACUGAAGUAUCUACAGAAUGACCUGUCUCUAACCGUAGACCAUUCAGAUCCUGAUGAGACGAAAGAGUUCCAGCUCUUGCCCUCUGCUCUGUUCAAAUCCAGCUCAGACUUCAUUCCUCUAGGAUUUUCAGACGUGGAUCAGACAUACGCCCAGCGCACACAACUCUUCGACAUGCUUGUUAACUUCUUCCCUGACAAUAUGACCCCGCCCAAGGGUAACCUUGUUGACCUCAUCACCAUGUAGCCAUGCCCACACACAUUAAACCACACCCUCCGAAACCUCUCAAACUCCUCCCACCCAAAACCGGAAUUAUUUUUCUACAUGUUCCACGUGAGGUGUGCCAUGCCCACCUGUUUUUCCGCUUCUACAGACCUCUUAAACGUCACUAAUACAUAUUUAAAAUGCAAAAAUAUACAUCUCUACUCUGAAGUGCCAGGGUUGCAUUAUUUUAAGUGGUGUCCGAGUGAAUAGAAUCUGAAUUCUACAUAUCUGCCAAAAUAUGAAGUUUUUUUUUUUUUUUUAUCUGCUUAGUUCCAAGUCUAUUUCAGUGUUAUCAUUUGAGUUUUUUCCUCUUGAAUAUAGUCUCUUGAUUUCUCUUGGUUGAAAAAUAGCCAAGUCAUAAAUCUGAACAGUUUACAUUGUAAAAUGAGUGGAUUUGAUUUAUGAACAAUUUGUGAUCAAAAAGGGUUCCUUUCCACCUUGCUCUCUUAAAUCCCUUUUUUAUGAAUGAACAUACGUGUGUAAAGCUGGUCAAGGCGGUAGAAGCAAAGAUCAGAGCUGCCUCCCAGAGUCUGUUUUCUGAUUCCAGAGGCUGUUAAUGGUGUCAUUUGAUUACAUUUUUGAUUGAUGAAAUAUGAACCAUUCUGAGGCAUUUGUCCAUUCUCAAUACUGGAUUUAGAUGCUGGCUUCCAUUUUAACCUGAGUGCUGCUAUUGGAUGCUGUCAUGACAUCAUUGUUUCUUCAAUAGCGAUUAGACAUUGAACUCCACAACUACAAGUUGCCAUCCACAAAUCUGGCAAAGAAUAUAAAAACAUGUUUUAAGGUAAAUGUGUAGUGUACACAUUUAUAUUUAGCACAAGACAUUUUUUCCACUGUGUGUGUGCGCAUGUGUGUGUGUGUGUGUGUAGAGGAAGGCAAAAAUUGGUAGCACUUUUAUAACAGAUCAUUGCACUUCUAUCCAUUGGAAAGUAAUUAGACUCUCAUACCACAAUUGGAAAAAACUGAAAAAGUUGGUAAAUGAAUCCCAUUGAGUUCUUGAAGUUCUCUAACAAUGUAGAUUGCUGAUUGUGUUUGCUAAAGUUUUUGUCCACGUGUGGCUGCUUUUAUCUGAAAUUCGAUAUAGUCAGGUGCCAUACUGCUAUGUUACAUAGAAUGUUCAGCUUUAAAUGUUGAACUUACUGGUACCAGCUCAAAGGAGCUUUAUUUGGACCACUGAAUACUAAAGAGCCCCCUCAUUAUUUAUUACUAUUAAUAUUAUUAUUAUAAUUUCUUGGUGAUCUUGGGUGUGUGUGAGACCCUGAUAGUGAUGUCUUAUGUUUCCCUCUAUGAUGUCAUUGAGACAUUUGUAUGCCCUUCAUUCCGUAUGAGCUUUAGAUUGUUUACAAUCAUGGACAGACAGACAAAAACAUGUUGGAGGGUUGUCUUCCAUGUGGUUGUGUGUGUGUAAUUGAGCUGUGCGUAUCUUUUUUUGAAGCCCAGAAAACUUUGUUUGUCACAUUAGUUUUACAACAGUUUUGUUUUUCUCCCUGUGCACAAUGAGUAUGAAGUGUUUGCCCUAUUCUCAUGGGAAAUUAUCAUCUUCCUGUAAUUCAUUUUAAAUUUGCUUAAGACUUUGCCUAACCCAUGCAAAAAAUUUUAAAGGCUUAAAGAACAGUGUGAACUAUGCUUCAUUCUGCUGAUAUGUUCUCCCAACCUCACUAAGUGUCAUGUUUCAGUCCCUCUGAACUCAGUAUUAGUUUUUGUUUUGGUUCUGUGCAGUCAGAUGUAUAUCUGCAUAGAUAUACUUAAAGGGUUAGCUCAACCAAAUAUGAAAGUUCUGUCAUGAUUCACUCCCCCUCAUGUUGUUCCAAACCCACAUGAUUUGCUUUCUGCUGUGGAACAACAUCAAAGGAGAUGAUGUACAAAAUUAUCUUUUUUUAUUUUUUCAGUGCAAUGAAAGUGAAUGACGGGGUAACAUUCAGCCUUACUUCUCCUAUUAUGUUCCAUGGAUGAAUGCAAGUCAUAUGGUUUUGGAACAACAUGAGGGUAAAUAAUGACAGAAUUUUCAUUUUGGGUUUACUAUCCUUGGGAAUUCACCAGAGUGGAAAUGUGACCUCUCCAUGAUUAGCCCAUUUAUGAUUUGUUUGAUUAAUCGUGAUCGAUUUCCUUCCAGGAAUGGAAAUAAUUUGCGUGUUCACGAUUUGGAUUUCAAGGCUUUCUUUGACUUUAGUUUUUAGAAUUGUCUUUAUGCCAGGAAGAAAAGAGGAAAAAAUAAAUCAAGGAUACACUAGAGGAUUUACACUUAUAACCAGAGAAUUAUCUCUGUCAAUGCCAAAUACAUUUUCUUGCUUUUGGUGUACAUUUCUGAAGUAUCAGAGAUGAAAUUUCAGGUUCUCUUUUCCUCCCUCCUGGAAAUCUCAUCUCUGUGCGUCCCCUCAUCUCUUGAGCGUGGACGGUGAGAUGUCAGCACUACGCUGUGGCUCUCAUGAAUGUGUAGAAACUAUUAAAGAACUGCAUUGUAUGUAAUGUACAUAAAGAAUAAAGAUUGUAUUUUG